AUGACCAGCGGAUUAACCGUCGCUACAGCUGAGCAGAUCCGUGUUCCUGAGACUCUUCUGAAAAAGAGGAAAAAUCAGGAUAAGAUCGCUGCUGAAAAAGCGGCCGCUCUUGUAGAAAAACGCAAGGAGGCCAAAAAGACCCGCCGAACAAUUUUUAAACGUGCUGAAAAAUACGUCAAAGAAUAUCGAGCAGCCGAACGUCAAGAAAUCCGCUUGCGUCGUCAAGCUAAAGCAUGUGGCAAUUAUUAUGUCCCUGCUCAACCAAAGUUAGCCUUUGUUAUCCGUAUUAAGGGUAUCAACCAUAUUCCACCUAAACCACGUAAGAUUCUUCAACUCUUACGUCUUCUCCAAAUCAAUAACGGCGUAUUUCUUCGAUUGACUAAGGCAACCAAGCAGAUGCUUCAAUUGGUUACACCCUAUGUCGCAUUUGAAGAACAAGCAUUUGAUACUGAUGUGCUAACUGAAAGGUCAGUCCGCGAACUUAUUUACAAACGUGGUUAUGCUAAAGUAAACAAGCAACGCAUUCCUAUAACCGAAAAUGCUAUUAUUGAACAAAAUUUGGGAAAGUUUGGUAUCAUCUGUAUCGAAGACUUGGUUCAUGAGAUCUUCACAGUUGGACCAAAUCUAUCCAAUCCCAAUGGUGGUUGGGCUACCAGGAAGUUCAGGCACUAUGUUGAAGGUGGUGAUUUUGGUGACCGCGAAGAUC